GCGUUUGUAUUUCCUAGUAUCGGAUGUGUUAACAUGGGACAACUGACAUCUGCCCCCAAGAUAACCGCUCAGGAUAGAGCGAUUUUCAAAUUAAAAGAACAAAGAGAUAGCAUCAAACAGUAUCAGCGAAAGUUGAGUCGAGUAGUUGACCGACAAUCGGAACUUGCUCGACAAGCUGUAAAGAAUAAGCAACCGGACAGAGCCAAAUUUUACCUCAGAUCCAAAAAACAACAAGAAUCAGUCAUAGCUAAAACGUUUGAUCAAUUAGAUAACCUAGAAAACUUGAUUGGCACUAUAGAAUUCAAAUUGAUUGAAAAAGACGUGAUUUAUGGUUUGCAAGAAGGUAAUAAAGUAUUGACGAAAUUAAAUAAUGAAAUGAGCGUAGAAAGAAUCGAUAAAGUUUUAGAUCAAUUGGAGGAUGAAAGAAUCAAAGUGGAUGAAAUUUCAGAUGCAUUAGGUAUGGGAAGUGGAUUGAACAAAUUAGAAGAAACCGAAGUUGAUGAAGAGCUUGCCAAACUAAACGAAGAAAUCAACGGCCCUGAAGUUGUUAAAUUACCUGAUACCCCAAACACUCAAAUAUUACCUAAGGCUCCUACAAACAAGAUAGAAGAUAAGGUGGAGGAAGUAAAGGAAGAAGCAGAUAAAGUUGGCCAACAAGCAAACGAGCCCUUGGCUGCAUAGACUAAAAAUUCAUUCUUUAAUCUUUAAUUCAUUAAUAUUUCAAUCUAAAUACAAGAAGAUUCAUU